AUGUCAACUAACUCCAAAACACCAUCAAAUGAAUCAUCAUUCAGAGUUGAAACUGAUUCGUUCGGUGAAAUUAAAGUCCCUUCAAACAAAUAUUGGGGUGCUCAAACACAAAGAUCUUUCCAAAAUUUUAAAAUCGGGGGAGAAAGAGAAAAAAUACCACUACCAAUAAUAAAGGCAUUCGGUAUCUUAAAGAAAUCUGCUGCCAUUGUCAAUCAAUCCCUAGGAACUUUAGAUCCUUCCAUUGCCACUCCAAUAAUUAAAGCAUCUGAUGAAGUUAUUCAGGGGAAAUUGAAUGACCAUUUCCCUCUUGUUGUGUUCCAAACUGGUUCAGGUACUCAAACAAAUAUGAACGCAAAUGAAGUAAUCUCAAAUAGAGCUAACGAAUUGAUCGGUGCAGAAUUAGGAUCUAAAAAGAUUCAUCCUAAUAAUCACGUCAACCAAUCACAAUCUUCUAAUGAUACUUUCCCCUCAGUAAUGCAUAUAGCUGCUGUCUUGGAAUUGAAUAAUAAUUUAAUACCUCAAUUAACAGAAUUGAAAAAUUCAUUAGAUAACAAGGCAAAAGAAUAUGCAAAUAUUGUCAAGAUUGGUAGAACUCAUUUACAAGAUGCAACUCCUUUGACUUUGGGUCAAGAAUUCUCAGGUUACGUACAACAGUUAACCAACGGUAUUGAAAGAAUUCAAGCUUCGUUGUAUCAUUUAAAAUUCUUGGCUCAAGGUGGUACCGCUGUUGGAACAGGUCUAAACACUAAAGUGGGGUUCGAUAAAAUGAUUGCUCAAGAAGUCUCCAAGGAAACAGGUAUUGAUUUUGAAACUGCUCCAAAUAAAUUCGAAGCCCUAGCGGCACAUGACGCUAUUGUAUUUGCCUCUUCAGCAAUUACUACUGUGGCAGGUUCUUUAUUUAAGAUUGCUCAAGAUAUUAGAUAUUUAGGGUCUGGUCCUCGUUGUGGAUAUGGUGAAUUACAAUUACCUGAAAACGAACCUGGUUCAUCAAUUAUGCCUGGUAAAGUUAAUCCAACUCAAAAUGAGGCAAUGACUCAAGUAGCUCUUCAAAUUAUGGGUAAUAAUCAAACUAUUGUGAUGGCUGGUUCACAAGGUCAAUUCGAAUUGAACGUUUAUAAACCUUUAAUGAUUGCUAAUUUGUUGAAUUCAAUUAGAUUGAUGAGUGACGCUUGUCAUUCAUUUAAAAUUCAUUGUGUGGACGGACUAAAGGCAAAUACAGAUAAAAUUAAUGAAAAUUUACAUAAAUCAUUAAUGUUAGUCACUGCAUUAAAUCCUAAGAUUGGUUAUGAUGCUGCUUCAAAAUUAGCUAAAAAUGCUCAUGCUAAAAAUAUUACUUUAAAGGAAUCUGCAUUAGAAUUAGGUUUAUUGACGGAAGAAGAAUUCGACCAAUGGGUCAUUCCAGAAAAUAUGAUUGGACCAAAACCAUAA